AUGGCUUUUCGAGUGAACCGUCUGGCCAGAGUCUCUUCGCUGCUGUGGAGAACGGAUACCCGUCAACUCAAAAGAUUCACCAACUGCGUCGUGGCCCAUCCGUUUGUCCCAUUACCCUUCACUGGCAGUCAACGAAGUAUGGUGGCCACAGUAGCUCGUCGUCGAAGCGCCCGAUUGGAGGCACUGAAUUCUUCAUCCAGUUCAGAUAAUGAAAAACCAAAACCAGCAAAGGCGAACAAGAAGCCAGCAAAGGCUCGAGCGAAGGUGUCUACCCAAAAGAACGAAAAGGAUUCUAGAGUCCCUGGUUCCAACAGGAGUGUAGAGAUGGUAGCUGCGGACACCAAGGCAGUGCCACCAGCCACUGAUGCAACAAGCAAUGUCAAACCCAAGUCAAAGGAAGCUGUGAUGCUCCCGAGAAGUCGAGAAAUGGCACUCAAGAAGAAAUACCCAGAAUUAAACUGGAUCAUGGGCAUUGACGAAGCAGGACGUGGUCCCUUGGCAGGACCAGUGGUGGCGGCGGCUGCCAUUGUACCCGACAACAUCAAGGGCAUCACCGAUAGUAAGAAAAUUACUUGUGAAAGUGCACGGGAAGAGUUAUACGAACAAAUUGUUAACAGCCCUGGAGUUAUUUGGGCAGUUGCUGUGGUGGACGCUGGGAGGAUUGAUGAAAUAAAUAUAUUGCAAGCAACAAUGCAAGCCAUGUCCAUGGCGGCAUCAGCACUGGUCAUGGACGGCCCAGAAGCAAGUAAUCGAUGGGAUCAGGCAGCAAUGCAACCAGUUUGUGUAUCUCGGAAAGGGUCUUAUGUCACUUGUGGCGGCACUAAGCCGGUGCAAAAGACAACAGCGAAUACGGAUUCGAGUGAAGAGCAUUGUAACUCAGCGGCCACCGCUCCUUACUAUGCCUUGAUUGAUGGAAACAGAGUGCCGAAAGAUCUCGUUUGUGAAUGUGAGCCAAUCGUUAAAGGUGAUUCCAAAGAGUACGCCAUUGCGGCAGCGUCUAUUCUUGCCAAGGUGUCGCGUGACCGUCUCAUGCAUGGCUAUGACAAACUGUAUCCAGCAUACAACCUUGCGCAACACAAGGGUUAUCCAACAAAGAAUCACAUGGCGGCCGUGCACAAGUUUGGGGCAUCCCCCAUACACAGACGCAGUUUCGCGCCUUUGAAGCAUAUGCAGUUCAAUGAAAAAGGUGAAGUUAUUCAUGAUAGCGAUAGCCAGUGA